AUGUCUAGUCCUGAUAAGGGUGGAAAAGGCCCAGGGAAGGGAGGGGCCAAGCACCGUGGAAAAAUGCUGUGCAAAAACCUGGGGAUCAGGAAGCCUGCCAUCCAGUGUCUGGCCCAGCAUGGAGGCAUUAAGCCCAUCUCUAGCCUCUUCCAUGGAGAGACCGGCAGGGUGCUCCAAGUCUUUCUGAUGAACAUGAUCCAGGAUACAGUCACCUACACAGAGUCUGCCAAGCCCAAAGCAGUCACAGCCAUGGUAGUCUACAAGCUCAAACCCCAGGGAUGUACUCUAGAGCUUUGGUGGCUGAGAGUACAGGAUCUGCCAUACCUCAACAUUGAAAAAAAGAGCCCUUUUCAGGGCAUCCCUGAAAGGGUUGUUGUGCAUUGCAGAAUUGUUAAAUCUGAGUAA